AUGCCAAAUCAAAAACGUCAGAACGGUGGAAUUGGUAGUGAUACAACGGCAAUUCCAGCAACACAAUACGAUCAGUUAUUUAGUGGAGGGGGAUUUGUUUCUGAAGAAUUUUCCACUUCACAAGCGACAUCUAAAAAGCGAAAAGAAGUAAUGGACAAUAACGAUAAUAUUCAUUUAACCCCUUGUUGCAGUACUCCUGAAGGAACGAAAACGAAACAAGGAAAGAAGGUAAAGAAGAAAGAUAUGAUGGGAUAA